AUGAGGGUUUUAUUUUUUGCACACUCAACCCUAAACCGAGAAGCGUGCGCGGAAGCGGCGCGGGCGUCCGGCGCAUGCGCGGUUCAGUUUUCACGUGCGGGAGGGUGGCAACAUCGACUUAAGCGAGGGUACCGGCCGCGCGCGCUCAGUCAGCUGUACGCCAGCGAACCGAACAUACGUGUAUCACGCGCAGUGUCCGCUCUCAGUGUUACUUCGUGUUAA